UCAGAACCACUCAACAGCUGUUUUUUUCCUCUAAACGUUAUGAGAUAGCAUAACAAUAAAUAGUUUAUGAAUUAAAAUAAACUAAAUUCAAUUAUCAUUCAGUCAACAGAAGUGUAUAUAAAUAUGCUACGUUGCAGACAUGUUAUGCGCCAGCUUCAGGUGCCACUAGAACGUGCCUACUCAGCCGGGUCGAACACGCCAGACGGCAAUGAUCCAAAUGAUAAACAUCCUAUAAGGCGCACAUUUCGUUUGCUUGGCAAUGAUAUGCGUAAGAUAAAGGAAUUCUUUGUGCCCAAGGAAGACAGCUACGAAGAUGAGGGUAAGCCACAGCCCAUUGCCACAAGCAAAAAAUUCAACUUCGGCGGCGACAAGGGAAAUGUAGACGAAUUCCAAACACACUGCGAUGUGUUAAUUAUCGGAGGCGGCGGCAUUGGCAGUUCCAUAGCCUACUGGCUCAAGGAGAAGGCGCGCGAUGGCCUCAACGUGGUUGUAGUGGAAAAAGAUGAAAAGCAUAAGCAGUGCGCAACACAUGUGUCCAUCAAUGGCCUCUCCCACCACUUUUCGCUGCCGGAGAACAUACAAAUGUCGCUGUUUGGUGCCGAGUUUCUGCGCAAUGCAGCGGAGCACUUUGGUACCGAUAUACCCAUCAACUAUACGCCACAUGGCCAGCUGGUGCUUGCCAAUGAAGCGGAUGCGCAGAUGCUUAAGGAAACAUCUCAGCUACAAAAUGAGCUGGGCGCACGCAAUGAGCUCCUGACUGCGGAACGUUUAGCCUCUAGAUUUCCUUGGCUGAAUACCAAGGGCAUUGCACUUGGCUGUGUUGGACUGGAGCGCGAAGGUUGGUUUGAUCCCUGGGCGCUGUUAUCAAAUUAUAAACGUGCUGCCCGAGGCUAUGGCGGGCAUUUUGUGCAUGGCGAAGUCAUCGAUUUUGUGUUCAAACGGCAAGAUGAUAUCAUCGUAACGGGCUCCAAUGAAGGCAGCUAUCAGAGUUUGGACAAGGUGGUCGUACAACUGCCGGACGGGUCGAAGAGCGCCAUUAAGUUCGCUCUGUGCGUUAUCGCGGCGGGCGUCAACAGUAGCAAAGUAGCUCGGCUGGCGCAUAUUGGCCGUGAGGCGGGCAUACUGCGUGUGCCCCUGCCCAUAGAUGCGCGCAAGCGUUAUAUGUAUAAGAUAAUCACGCAGGAGCAAAAUGCGCCCGGCAUGGCAAUGCCCAUGAUCGUGGACACAGCGGGCACAUUUAUACGCCGGCUGGGCUUGGGUGGACACUAUGUGUGCGGGCACAAUGCACUGCCUGGCGAGGAAGUCAACAGCGAUAAUUUAGAUAUAGAUCCAACAUAUUUUGAUACGAAGAUCAGGCCUGGGCUUAUCGAACGUGUGCCGGCUUUUGCUAGCGCUCAAGUGGUGAAUAGCAUGGCCGGCCUCUACGACUACAAUGUCUACGAUGAGAAUGGCAUUUUGGGCCCGCAUCCGUACUACCAUAAUUUGUAUAUUGCCAGCGGCUUCAGUGGGCAGGGCAUACAGCAAACGCCGGCGUUGGGUCGUGCCAUCUCCGAGCUUAUUAUGGACGGGCAGUUUCGUACGUUGGAUCUGUCCCGUUUGAGUUUUGAUCGCUUAAUUGUAGAUAAACCCAUGUAUGAGUUUAAUGCUUUAAAUUAAAUUGUAAUUUAUUACUCGUGAAACCAAUGAAA